GUUCUUAAUUAAAGGGGCGGAGCUAAUGUUAAUUAGGGUCGUUAUGAGCUCUUUAAAUGUGACACGCAGGAAAAAUGACGUACUUAGCGAAAGUAAGCAGCAAAAAUGUUGGUAAUUGCAGCAUCAAUUGCGUUUACGCUUAGUGUAUGUUUAAGCAAUGCUCAGGAUCCACAGUUUCCCUGGCAAAUGCCCCAACGUCAGGCCGGUGGUUCAUCAUUCUCACCGGGUCUGAAGGAGGUGUUUAAUCCCCAGAAGAGCCCCUCCUCCGGGUCUCAGCGCUGUGUGGUGGAGCAGCACGAGCGCAUUGAGUGUGGAGAACCUGACCUCACUCCAGAAGAAUGUGACGACAUCAGCUGCUGUUAUGAUGCACAGGGCUGUUAUUAUGCCAAGGCAGUUACCCUGCAGUGCACGAGGGAUGGGCAGUUUGUAUUGGUUGUAGCUCGAGAUGCCACCCUUCCACACAUCAGUUUAGACUCCAUCCACAUGCUGGAGAACGACCCCAGUGGCCAUUGUGCAUCUGUCAGCAGUACUGCCACCUUUGCCAUCUAUCAGUUUGCUGUUAGCUCGUGUGGCACCAGAAUGAAGGAAGAAAGCGGUUUUGUUAUUUAUGAGAACAUAAUGUCGUCUGCGUAUGAAGUGGGCAUUGGACCUCGUGGAUCAAUUUCGAGAGACAGUGCUUAUGAGCUGGAGUUCCAGUGCAGGUAUUCGGGAACAUCAGUUGAGGCUCUGGUGGCGGAAGUGAAUACGAUUCCUCCUCCUCCCCCCGUCUCUCAGCUUGGGCCACUCCGAGUGGAGCUCAGGCUCGCCAAGGGACAGUGCACUGCUAAAGGAUGCUCUGAUGAGGAUAUGUACACUUCAUACUACUCUGAGGAGGACUAUCCUGUUACAAAAGUGUUGAGAGAACCCAUAUAUGUGGAGGUGCGGAUUCUAGAGAGGAAGGAUCCAAAUCUUAUCCUGGUCCUGGACCAUUGCUGGGCCACUUCUACUCCUGAACCCCUGAGCCUGCCUCAGUGGGACCUAGUGCUUAAUGGCUGUCCAUAUAAGGAUGACCAUUAUCUGACCACUCAGCUUCCUGUUGGACCCUCAGGGCUGCAGUACCCGUCACAUCACAAGUUCUUUGUGGUGAAGAUGUUCACCUUUGUAGAUCAGUCCUCUUUUGUGCCUUUACAGGAAAGGAUUUUCAUUCACUGCACUACGUCUGUUUGCCACCGUUCCGCCACUGAGCCAUGUGAGCCCAGCUGUGGCAGCAGGACGAGAAGGGCCAUUUCAGGAGACUUAAAGGAUUCUAAGGAAAAGGUUGUAGUUUCGAGUGGGGAAGUCAUAAUUGUAUCCCAUUUGCCGGUUUCUGACAAUCUUGUGUCUAAGGAAGUCCCGCAGAUGUUGGAUUAUGGAUUAUGGGCGGCAGGAGCUCUCACAGUGUUUGGUGUCUGUGGGCUUGUGAUGGCUGUUAUUAUACAGCGGACCAGACCUCGUCCUCAGCCUGCUCCAGUGUGAUGUUAAUAAAUCACGUAAUAAAACGACAAACUAAUAUGGCCUCUUUUUUUGUGAUC